AUGGCCGCCACCGGCCAUUACCUGGCCACCGCCGCUGCCUACCGCAUCCUGGAGCAGGGCGGCAAUGCCACCGACGCCGGUGUGGCCGCGGGCAUUGUCAUUAACGUGACUCUUCCCCAGUACACCAGCUUCGGCGGCGUGGCCCCCAUCAUGGUCCACGACGCGGCGCGGGGCGAGACUGCCACCAUCGCCGGUCUCGGCCGCUGGCCCAAGGCCGCCAGCGUGGACUACUUCAACGCCAACCACGGCGGCGUAUUGCCCGGCGGCGUGCUGCGGACGGUAACUCCCUCGGCCGCCGAUGCCUGGCUGUCGGCCAUACAGCUGUACGGCACCAUGACCUUCGAGCAGGUGGUCGCCCCGGCCCUGGAACUGGCGGAAAAAGGUUUUCCCAUUCCCCACUCCCUCCACCGCGCCCUGGCCCGUGAGGAGGACAAGUUCUCCAACGGCAGUCGAGACCCCAGGCACUGGUCCGCCACCAUGGAGGUCUUCUUCCCCGGCGGCAAGGCUCUGGGCACGGGAGAUGUCGCCAUUCAGAAAGAUCUGGCCAACACCUUCAAGCGGCUGGUCUCGGCGGAACGGUCGGCUUCCGGCAGGGGGCGGGUUAUGGGUCUCCAGGCCGCUCGCGACCUCUUCUACCGGGGCGAUAUGGCCCACAAGAUGGUGGAGUUCAAUCGGGCCCAGGGCGGGUUGCUGUCCCUGGAAGAUAUGGCUACCUUUGAGGCCAAGCUGGAACCGCCCGUAUCCAUCGACUAUAAGGGCAUUGAGGUCUUCACCUGCGGCCCCUGGUGCCAGGGCCCCACCACAAUUCAGGCCCUGGGCAUCCUGUCCGGCUUCGAUUUGCAAGGUAUGGGCCACAACAGCCCAGAUUACCUGCACACUGUUAUCGAGUCCCUGAAGCUGGCCUUCGCCGAUCGCCAUUCAUACUAUGGCGACCCCGACUUUGUGGACGUGCCGAUGAAGGGCCUGCUGGACCCGGACUACGCCGCCCAGCGUCGCCAGGAAAUAGACUCGACCCGCGCCUGUCCGGACAUGCCCCGUGCCGGCGACCCCCACGCCUACCAGGCCUACAACGGCCAAAACGGAAACAGGGCCAAGCCGGCCCACCCCGAACCGGUAGUCGGCGCAGCGGAACCUGACACCAGCUACAUCUGCGUGGUGGACCAGUGGGGCAACGGCUUCUCGGCCACGCCCAGUGACGGCAUUGGUGGUGCGGCAGUGGUCCCGGGCCUGGGCUUCGCCAUGUCCACCCGCGGCUACCAGACCUGGCUGGACCCGGACCAUCCGGCCUGCCUGAUGCCUGGCAAGCGGCCGAGGCUGACUCCUAAUCCGGCCAUGGCAUUCCGCGACGGCAAGCUAUGGAUGCCCUUCGGCACCCCCGGCGGCGACGUGCAGUGCCAGUCCAUGACCCAGCUUUUCCUGAAUGUGGUGGAGUUCGGCAUGGACGUGCAGCAGGCCAUCGAGCAGCCCCGGGUGGCAAGCUGGAGCUUCCCCGAUUCCGGCUUCCCUCACGGUUAUACCCCGGCUGCCAUGUCUGCCGAGGGCCGCAUCGACCCGGAUACAAUCAGGGAACUGGAACGGCGUGGCCACGUGGUGGAAGUAUGGGACGAUUGGACGCCUCGCAUGGGCGCCCUCAACGCCAUCACCAUUGACCGUGAGAAGGAAACCCUGGAGGUCGGCGCCGACCUGCGCCGCGACAACUACGCCAUGGGCCGGUAG